GUUGUGCGUGCGUUGUGUGUGUGGCGCGCGUAAACGAAGAGGCGAGAGAGUUGGGAGCGGCAACUGCGUUUGCAAUUAACACAUAAAUAGAUAAACAUCGACAACAAGUGGGCCAGGAUGCCAGCCGGCGCAGUGAAAACACCAAACACGGCCCGCGCGAAAGAUGCAAAUGCAACCAAGUCCGCGGAUCGCAAUGGCAGUACCGGGAGCGGCGGCAAGAAAUUCGUGCAGACGCGUCUGCCCUUUAAGUUGAUAGCGCCGCUGGCGAAGGGCGGCGCAGCAGAUGCAGCGGCGACAAAGGCAGCGGCGUCCACCUCGUCGGCUGUCGAACUGGACCUGGACCUGGAGGAGGCGGAGCCGCGCGCCGAGCCGCGCAAGCGCAAGUUGUCCUAUGGCAGCGAGUCGCCGCCGGAGACGGAGCAGCUGCGUCGCUCCAACAGCAAAGAGAAUCUGCAGCUGUUUGCUGCGGCCACUGCGACCUACAAGAAGCCCAAGACAACGGAGGCCAAUGCCGACGAUGUCAUCGAGCUGGAUGACGAUGAGCACGAGGACAACGACAACGACAAGGACAACAACAACGACGAGAAAAAGGACAGCGCCAAGAAAGAAGAAGAUAGGCAGGCAAAGGGCAACGUUAAGGAGAAGAAGUUGAAGGAGAAGCCAACAGAUGGCGCCACUCACACGCCCAUUCAAAUCAAGCUGCCGUUGGGCAACAAGCGAGUCAAGCGUCGCAAAUCCCUAAAGAAAUCGGAGGCAGCGCAGCAAUCGCCGCAGCCGAAGCUGGGGUCAAGCGCUGAGCGCAGCGACUCCAGCGAUGACAUCGAGGCCAUAGCCGAGAGCCUCAACCCACAGAAGCGAGCCAAGGUGAUUGAAGUGGAGUCGAUGGCAUCGCCCAAGACGUCGAAGACAUCCAAGCCGAAUGGAGCCAAGGCGGACACUAGAGUCCAAGUGAAAGCUUCAACAGCGAGUGCAAAGUCCAAGAAGGAAGGCAAGUCCAAGGAGCAAGCGAAGGUAGAGCCGAAAGCAGUUGAGGAUGAGGAUGUGGUGCUGCUGGAUAGCAGCGCUGAGCUGGAGGCUGAGGAGGCUGAACCGGAAGCUGAAGCUGAAGCCGUGGUGAAGCAGCCCAGCCAGCCCAGCGCCGACAUGGACGUGGACGUGGACACAGACACGCUGAUCACAUCGCCGGAGAAGGAGCAGAACACGAAACAGGAGGAGUCGUCGGAGACGGAGAAGGAGACGGAAGAGGAGGGCAAGUCGGCUAGCGCUGCGCCCGUCGUGGCGGAGAAGCUGCCAAAUCUGACGCCCAAGCAGCAGCGGCUCAUGGAGCAGCGGCGGAAGGCGCGCGAGGAGAAGGAGCGCAAGCUGCAGGAGGAGCGGCGCCUCAAGCAGCUGGAGAAGGAGCAGCGCGAGCAGCAGCGGAAGGCCGAGCGCGACUUGAAGGAGGAGCAGCGGCGCAAAGAGCGCGAGGACAAGGAGGAGGCGCGCCGCAAGGAGCGCGAGGAGAAGGAGCGCAAGCGUCAGGCCGAGAACGAGGAGAAGGAGCGCAAACGGCAGGCCGAGAACGAGGAGAAGCGCAAGCGCAACGAGGCCAAGGAGGAGAUACAGCGCAAGAAGGACGAGGAGCGCCGCCGCAAGGAGCAGGAGAAGGAGGAGGCGGAGCUGAAGAAGAAACGCGCCGCCGCCACAUUCAGCAAAUUCUUUGUGCCCAAGCAGCCGCGGCAGUCCAUCAGCGGCUCACUGGAGCACGAGCAGAACAGCAGCGACUGCGAUCCCAGCCACAUGGGCAACCAGCAGCUCGCCUUCCGGCCCUUCCAGGUGAAGGACGACAUGAUCGUGGCCCCCGUCACACGCACCACACUGGCCGCCGACACGCGCCAGCUGCUGGACACGCUCUUCCAUGUGCCGGACGACGACGAGGAGGAUGGGCAGGAUCUCAACGAGAGCAUUGGACGCACCAAGCGUCCCACACGCGCCCAUCUCUAUCUGAACGAACUGAGCCAGGGCAAGCGCAAGCCGCUGGCCAGCAAGCGGGACGCGCGGCUGCAGCGGUGCGCCAAGGACGAGGAGGAUGACGACGACGUCCAGGUGGUCGAUGACCUGGUCAACGCGGUGGGCACGCCCAUCGUGGUGGAGCGGCCGAAGCAGGUGCCAUGGAUGCGGGCCAAGUACUUGCACUUUGCGGACAAUCGUCGGCCGCCCUACUACGGCACCUGGCGCAAGCGCAGCCAAGUGAUCACCGCCCGCCGCCCACUGGGACAGGAUAAGGCUUACUUCGACUACGAGGUGGACUCGGACUGCGAGUGGGAGGAGGAGGAGCCCGGGGAGUCGCUGAGCGCCAGCGAGGAUGAGAAGGAGCGCGAGUCCGAGGAGGAAUCGGAGGAGGAGUACAACGAAUGGUUUGUGCCCCAUGGCCAUCUCAGCGACGAGGAGCUGCAGAACGAUGGCGAGCUGGAGGAUGGCAAUACACGCGAGGCGCAGAAGGCCAAGCUGCAGGUGCUGCAGCAGGAGUUCGCCCAGGAGAUGAAGAAGCAGACCAAGAAGAUCAAGCCCCGCCUCCUGGGGCCCGUCUGGCUGGACGAGGACGGCAACAAGUCGCAGCUGUGCCCGGCUGUCUUCAUCCAGACCAUCGACAUGUACGGCUGCUGGCAGCUGCAGCCGCUCACGCUGGAGCCGCCGCAGGAGUCCGGCGAGGAGGAGGAGCCCUUGGAGGAGGCCAAGGCGAAGCCAGCCACGCUGCAGCUGGACGAGCAGCUGCUGCAGCAGCUGGUCCGGCUUAUACACGGCAACAGCAACGCCAAAAUGUUCCUCAUCGCCGAGUACCUGGAGUAUCUGAAGACCCAGAUUACGCCGGAGUCCCAAACAAUGCUACCCUCAAAGACGAUGCUGCGCGAGAAGUUCGAUGAGCUGGCCACCUGGAAGCCCGUCGAGAAGUCCGUUGGCGCCGAGGCAAAGAAGUCGAAGAAGCCCAAGAAGCGCCUCUGCUGGGUGGUCGCGGCGGAAACGCUGCACAGAUUCCACCUGGACGAGCUGACGCUGCAAAAUCAAUGGAACUACACGCUCACGCCCAAGGUCAGCAAGGCGGACACCUCCUUGCCAGAGGCGUCGCUUGCCGUUGAGGCGGCUGAUGCGCCUGGCACACCCAAGACAGACGCCGACAAAGCGGGCAAGGCCAAGGACUCGGCGGCCAGCACGCCCACCGCGUCCACAGGCACACCAUCGACGGCCGCCACAAGAGCCUCGAGCGUCAAGAAACGCGUCAAUCUGCUCAUGUCCGUGCCGCGCGAUCAGCAGUUCCAUGCGGCCACCAAGAACGCGCUCAUCAGCCAGUAUCUGCGCAAGAGCGACGACCCGCCCACCAAGCAGAAGCCAUCGCCAGCUCCGCCGCCAGGCGGCUGCAGCGACGAUGUUGUUCUGCUCUCCGACUAGUCCGGCGAUCCCGACUAGCCGGGGAAUGAUAUACGACCCUGUCGCGCCUCUAGCAUCUAAGUUUCUCUAGCCGUAGUGUUCACUGUACCAGCCGAGUGUGCCGUACUGUACUUUGAUAGUCCGGCAAUCCAAGUAACGCAAUAUCCAUCCA